AUCGUCUGAAAAUAUGCCAAAGUUUCUAAUAAGCUAGUGGAAAACAAAACAAAAAACGUGUCAUCCAUAAAAGGUAAAAAAUAUCUUAACAGCAUCUCACCAUGUUGGAAUCCACUAUCAUCGAUUCCGAUGAUUUCUUAUUGAGGGACAUGGAUUUUUCGAUGGUGUCUUCGACCACUAAAGAUUCAUUUGUGGCUGCUGACCUAGAACCUCAACCACCUCAGGUGCCCACUAGUUCAUCCGAAGAUGCAUUGCAGGCUCCGGACAGAAAGACCUCCUCAUCAGGUGGUGUGAGAAGACACGAGAAGCCCCCCUAUUCCUACAUCGCCCUCAUAGUGAUGGCCAUCCAGAGUUCUCCCUCCAAAAGACUCACCCUCAACGAGAUCUACCAGUAUCUACAGAACAGAUUCCACUUCUUUCGCGGUCAGUACCAGGGAUGGAAGAAUUCCGUCCGGCACAACCUCUCCCUCAACGACUGCUUCAUCAAACUGCCCAAAGGUCUGGGACGUCCGGGUAAAGGACACUAUUGGACAGUGGAUCCGGCCAGCGAGUUCAUGUUCGAGGAGGGGUCUUUCAGGAGGAGGCCGAGGGGUUUUAGGAGGCGAUAUCAUGCCCUCAAACCCUACCUCUAUCAGGCUCGCAACUUCUCAGGGUUCGAAGGAAUGCCCCUGAACACCCCGUGUUGGAAUCCUGCAAACUAUUCCUCUUGUGCUCAACAGCAACAAGAACAGCAGCAUCAGCAAUGGGAUGAUCUGCAGCCAAUGGGAGAGUUUUCACCACAGAAUCAUCGCAUGAUGGAUUCCCGCUGCACAGAAUGGGGUGGAGGACAACAGCACUGCUUGACCACUUCAUUGGUGGAUCCUCAUCAUCAGGCGGACUCACUCCAGCCACCCUGGUUGGUCAACAGGUGGCAAUGCUUCUGAAAAAUCCUGCAGGACACGUGACAUGUAUUUUUUAAAAUAUGGAUGGUUGACCGAGUAAAGCUGAACACAGAUGGCGCUACUGGUUAAAAUUCGACGCAAGCUGUAGUUCAUUUACGUCGCGCUAGAGCUGCACAAUGGGUGACUGUCUGAGAAACAUCCCUGAGGAUGAUCCGAAGACAUGCCAUUUUGUUCCUCUGCAGAGGCACCCCCGCUUCGGUAGCCCGCAAGUGAAGUCGAACACUUUACGGUAGAACAGUUUAAAGAUAUUUGGGGUAAGACUUGCAGAUGACUACUUCCAAUUGAUUUUUACGUUUGAGCUUGAAAAGAUCCAAUAUUAUUAUACUUGUAGUGCUAUAACGUGUUCUUUCAAUUUAAAUUUUAACGAAACAAACAACAUAUCCAGAUAUAGCAAAAUAAGGUUUAUUUUAACUCAGCAGAAAUCUUUUAAUGUAAACCUGAAAAAGGAUUGUUAUGUGGUUUACGUAUAAACCUUAAAACGAGAUCUGUGACUCUAUUCUACGCACAUUACCCUCAUCCCAAACCCUGGAAAACAACCUUCUGUAUAAAUAGAGGUUGACUCAGGGUUUUCAAGCUUGUAAAAAUCCUUGAAUAAAGAUACUCUGAAGGUGAAAAUAACCUUAGAUCUAGGUCAUUAUAAGGUUUCUUGUAUGUUCAGCUAAAAUCUACCUUGUCAUGAAAUUUUAAUGGCCAUUGGAUCUUAUAGAGUGACGUCAGUUAAAACGUCAUUAUGGACCUUAAGUGACAAUACUUUUUAGGAGAGCUUUUAAACCUUUUAGGAGGAAAGGUUUGAAAGUGCACUAUUGUUGAAAAAAAGGUUUUUAGUAGAAACAUUUUCGUGACACUAAAAGGAAAAUUCCGAACACAAGGUGAGCUUUCUGGGUUGCAAUAUCCUUCAAUAUAAAUUUCAAGGGAACAAACAACAUUCGGAAAACUAUGCUAUGCCUAACGAGAUGCAAAAGCAAAUAAAAAAUGAUGAACGGAGCCAAAUAAGGGAUAAUGCUCAAACCUUAUUUAUGUUGUGAUAUUCAUUUUGCUAAACGUGUUUGAGGAUCAAAACCUGUUAGAAUUUAUAAAUGACAAAAAAACUUUUACUAAUGGUAAAAUGACGCGUCCAUUUAAACACACGGAACAUUAUGAAAAGUAGUACGCCUGUUUGCUUAUCGCCUCGUAAUCAUACCAUAAGCGGAGGGAUACAUCGUAAACUACUUCCGGUUUUAGGAAGCUUGUUACUGUCUUAUAUUCAGUCAACCAUCCAUAUUGGGGAAUAAAUCUCAAUUUAUUUAUUUAUUUGAUGCAAGAAAAUGAGCUUUUGAUUGGUAAGUUCACAAUCAUAGGACUUCUGGUUUAUAUGAGGAAGUUGUGAUCGGCUUAUUACGAUCACUCAUUGGUCAAAUGCUUUUUCUCAUUCUGGAUGAACUCCGUUAAACAUUUCAAAUCAUCACAGGUCGUCGGAUUGAUUUUCC